CACCCCCAAAAAACGAAAGAAUAAUUUAUGUACACUCUUAUUAUACCUAAGUGGAUGUGCAUCUUUAGAUGUCCCUAUGCAAAAGGAGCAGGCUAUCAUACACAAAGUAGACAGCUUGUGUUUCAACGGAAUCAAUCAAUUUAACAUUUGCAAUUAGUCAAGCCGGGGGUCGCUGACAGCUGAGCCGCAAUGGUGGAGAAGUCCGACCGGGCACCGCUACUGGACUGGGAGGAGGUUCCUCCCGCAGAGAAACCUGUUCCCACACCAGAAGAGGAGAAGGACGUCAAGGGGCCGAGCCCCGCCAACAGUCGGGCGUUGGGGUGCACUGUGCCGGGGAUAGGGUGGAGCACCAGUCCGGGGGGUCCUGGGUCUUUCACAUCAGCAGUCUCUAGCAUAGACACAUCCCUCUCAUCCAGGAGCACGGUCCCCACCCCUGCGGAAUGGGAUGCUCAGUGUCUUGACAAGGAUGACCAUACCCCGGCCCCAGGACAAGGAGAGGUGCCGCACGAUAUCAUGGUGAAAUGGGAGGAAAAGGAUCCGAUCGUGGCCGUGUUUGUGGUGACAUUUGAUACAAGAUCAGGUAACAUGUUAGAGUGGUGUCUGCCAGGGGACAUGAACCUGGAGGGAGUAGAGUUCAAGGCUAUGGCCAGCGGCUCCCACAGAGUCUCCAGCGACUUCAUAUACUUCCGUAAGGGCGGGUACUUUGGCCUGGCGUGCUUUGCCAACAUGGCGGUGGAGAGUGUGGUGGAGAGGGGGGCAAGAAUGAAGUCUGUGGGUAUCCUGUCAACCUCUUACACCCUGCUGUACCGAUACAUGAGCUUCCUGGAACACCAAGUCAGGCUCCAGUUGAAAACUCCUGGCCAGUACUCUCCUCUGGAGGCGUUCUUUGAGGAUAAGAGAUCAGUGCUGCCCCCCGAUGGGGAGAGUGUGGUUACUGCAUGUCCUGGCAGUGCCUGUGGAGCAGCACUCAACCACUGUAUGCACCCUGAGAUGAAGAUCACCCACCCAGCUGGCUGCAUGUCUCAGUUCAUCCAGUUCUUUGGGGAGCAGAUCAUGGUCCUGUGGAAGUUAGCUCUGCUGAGGAGACGUAUCCUCAUCUUCUCUCCUCCACCUGUAGGCGUGGUCUGUUAUAGAGUGUACUGCUGCUGUUGCCUGGCCAACGUGUCCAUCCCGGGGGUGGGCGUGGCCGUGCCAGAGUUCCGCCCCUUCUUCUAUGUCAACGUGGCAGACAUCGAUACCCUGGAUACGGAACUGUCCUACGUAGCAUGCACCACAGAGAAGAUCUUUGAGGAGAAGCGUGACCUGUAUGACGUCUAUGUGGAUAACCAGAAUGUGAGGACGACCAGAGAGAGUCUGAAGCCUUUACUGCGUCUCAACACUGCAGACCGAGAGAAGUACCGCAAACUCACUGAACAGAGGCAGAUGCUGUUAUAUUCUCAGGAGGAGAAUGGAGACUGUGUGUCCAGUGAAGAGGACCACUUCAUUCUGUUUUUCCUGGAGCAGAAUAACCGUAUCUUCCAGACGCUGAGUGAGGUGGCAGGGAGCCCUGAGCCCAUCCUAACCCAGGAGAGUGUGAGGGCCAUGGGGCUAGACCCUCACGGAGACAGGCUCUUCCUGCUCCACCUGCUGGAGACAUACGGCUAUGACAGCCUCCUGGUCACCGAUCACCCUUGCUGCAGCUGAGGCCUGGGUGGCACUCUGACUGACAUACAGGGUCCUACACACCUAGACACACAGACUCAAUACAGACAGUCUGGAGUCUGGACUAUGAGAGGUCAGAAUACUUUGGCAAGGCUGAGACCUGAGCCUGUAUUCAUAAAGCGUCUCAGUAGUGCUGAUCUCAGAUCCGUUUAUUCUUUUAGAGCUCAUUACAUGGACAGGGGGGACCUGAUCCUAGAUCAGCAUUCCUACUCAGAUGCUUUAUGAAUACGGGAGACUCUCAGGCCAAAAAAGCAAAUGAAUGGAGAGAGCCACUGAACCAGAAAAGACUAAUGGAAUUUGGUUCUUGGCACUGUCCUGUGACAUUCAUGGAUGCUCAGUCUGGAUUGUUAACCAUCGCCUUCCUGCCGGUCAAUAAAAUGUACAGUACAGAGGAAUGUCAUUCAUGUCUAUCCCCAACCCUCUUUUUCUGGAGGAGUGGAGCCAACCAGAAACAUCCUGGAACUCUGGAGAUUCGGUGCCUAUGAGCAGAACUUACCAAGGAAGUCAUGCUUAGGUUUCCUUAUGUUUUCAAAUGGGGAGUCAAAUCUAAAGUCUGUGGUAAUGUCCUCAAACUGAGGGAGGAUUUGUCACUUCUCUUAAUAGGAAAUCUAUGUUUUUGAGAGAAGAAAUCACCAAGCUUUUGUCUGUAAAUAGAUAGGGAUCUGUAGAAUGUGUUUUAUUAUAAAAUGAUCCCAUUAAGUCACUGGUAAGCCCAGAACCUCUGUGGUCAGCAUUGUAUAGAAAUGGCCAUCAACACCAUCCAUAAUCAUGAUACUACGGAUAUGAUACUAAGGGCCCGAUUCAAUCCGUAGCGCUGAAGAUCCACGCUACAGUGCGAUAUACAUUUAAAGGCAACGUUUACGCGUUCGCGGAGACUGCAUUCAGAGUAAACGCUGCAUAUGUCAGCUCAUUGGGAAAUCCCCUUUACAGUUCAGUCGCGCAACUUCCGUGAUACGGACUGAAUCGAGCCCUAAGUACACAAUACUAGUUCACAUGUGGAUUUGGUUUCUGGUGAAAGAGGGGUCUGGACUCACCAGCACACUUUCUUAUGACGUCCAACAUAGAAAUGUAACAACUUUAUAUGACUUUAAAAAUGUACCUUUAAUCACAGCUGUUUGACCAAGAGGUUUUGGGCUCAAAUCUAAACGUAUGCUUUUGUGUGUUUCCGCAGUUCUCUAUGUCAAAUACACAAAGAGUGAAAAAUGUGAAUUAGCUGGUGGCUCAAUGGUUAAAUCCCAUCCUUCAGACCAAGAGGUUGCAAGUUCGAACCUAAUUUCCUAUAUUGCGUACGUUUCAGCAACUCGAUGUCAAACAUACAGAGUAUGGUAUCAAAUGUGAUGAAGGUGGUGGUGCAAUAGUUCAAUUACUGCCUUGAGACCAAGAGGUUCUAGCUUCAAACCUCAUCUACUUAGCUUUUGUGUACAUUUCCGCGACUUUAAUUGUCAAACAUACAAUGUGAUGGUGGUGUAGUGGUUCUAUCUCUACCUCAACACUUAGAGGUUGUGGGUUCAAAACAACAUUCUUCUGCUUUUGUGUGUGUUUCCGCAACUCUCGAUGUCAAACAUACGAAGAGAAUGGUAAAAACUACUGUCUCCAUUUCUGUUGAGGUUUAAAUUGUUUUUGGUUUGCGCCUCCGCAAUUGUGACUGUCAGAAAUACAAAGAAAAGCAGAUCUACAGUAAUGGACCAGUGGAGGCUGGUGAGGGGAGGACGGCUCAUAAUAAUGGAGUUAAUGGAAUGGUAUCAAACACAUGGA